CUACUGUCAACCAAAUCAAAUAUAGUUACUCGUUGUUUACGAGUGUUCACUUUGUAGAUUAUUUAUUUGUUUCAUUAUUCUUUCCUAUUUGCAACGAAUUUAGAAAAGAAUCAUUUAGUUUCAUUUUAAAACGAUAUUUAUAUUAAAAAUAUUCUAAUUACAUAGGUAUAUACAUUACACCGAAAAUUAAGAGUAAUAAUGAAACAUGGUGAAUGUUAUGAAAGGUGUCCUGGUCGAAUGUGACCCAGCAAUGAAGCAAUUCUUACUCCACUUAGACGAAACACUUGCACUCGGCAGGAAGUUUAUACUGCAAGACCUGGAUGAAACACACUUAUUUAUAUCAGCUGACAUCGUAGAAACGUUGCAAGCUCGCGUCGACGACUUGAUGGAUCAAUUGAGCAUUCCUGUUCAUGACAAGGGUCUAUAA